CCGCAUUGCUUCUUCUAUAGGAUAUACAACAUGGGUGCCGGAGCUUUUGUAGAACCGCUGGUUGUGGUUUCCCUUCUCUUCGGUGGCACAUUUGUAAACCGCAACACACAAUACCGAUUGUUCAACCGCCAGCGCACAUCAUCUCCCUCUCCUCGAUCUCCUUCACCAUCAUCCGACUACCUUUCGAGCUCUAGUCACUCAAGUCCUCGCCAUAGCACGUCACUUCUCGAUAGCCACCACUCGACAUCACUUUUAGCACACCAGGAACCGCACUGGCGGAAAAGGAAAGUCAACAUCUUGGGAUGGAGGAAGGAAACUGUGAGCCCAAACACGAAGAGAUUUGAGGACUACUUCUUGAGUAGGCUCUUGAAGAAGUUUCCAUUCUUGGUGGAGGCAUGGUAUUGGGCAUUGAUCUACUGGGUCUACCAACUCGGGCGCGCAUUCACAGCAAUCACUCUUGUAGAGUCAACCGUCGACGUCGCCCGUUCUCAUGCGCUCCAAAUCAUCCACCUCGAACAACGCCUCCACAUCUUCCUAGAACUGCCAAUUCAGCAUUGGUUCCUCCAGCACCCCAUCCUCAUGCACUGGACCAACCGCAUAUACUCGUUCAUCCACAUCCCCGGCACCAUUCUCUUCCUCGUAUGGCUCUUCUACUAUACCACCACUCUCACUCCAUCCUCACUCCCCUUACCAAACAACAAACCCACACGAGAAGCAAUCGGAUCUCCCGCAGGCCCGAAACUAUACGCCGCCCGCCGCCGCACAAUGGCCGUAUGUAAUCUCCUCGCCUUCAUCGUCUUCACUCUCUGGCCAUGCAUGCCUCCACGCCUGCUCUCCGAUCCAAAAGUCCCGGGCACAGUCGGCAGAGAAUCGCGAAGCUACGGCUUCGUCGACACAGUCCACGGCAAAGGCGGCGAAAGCAGCGUCUGGACAACAAACAAAUGGUGCAACCAAUACGCAGCUAUGCCAUCUCUACACUUCGGAUACAGUCUCCUCAUCGGUCUUACCAUCAUGUCGAUCCCGCUCGCUCCGCAGCACAGCAAAUCCAGCGUCCUCGCUAUUCCCUUCUGCAAGACCCGUAGUUGGAGAAUGCGAGUCCCGAGUUCGAGACGGAUGGUCUGUUUGGCGCUCGGUGCGGCGUAUCCGACAAUUAUCCUGCUCGCUAUCAUCGCGACGGCUAAUCACUUCGUCUUGGAUGCUGUUGCCGGUGCCAUUGUCUGCGCGACGGCGUGGAAUGGGAAUCGUAUGCUUUUGAACCUUUUGCCCGUCGAGGAUUACUUUUUGUGGUGCGUGAGGAUUCAUAAACCGGAGAGACGGACACGGUUUGUGGAUGCGCAUGGUGAUGAGGAGAAGAGGGAGAGGGUGUAUGCUAAGGGUGGGUUCAUUGUUUAA